CAGGAAAUUUUCCAAAAUGAAUUUCAUCUGGAUCAUUACUAUCGCAGCGCUGUGCGACACAGUUGCUGCCAUCAGUAUUAUAUAUCCGUCAGAGAAACAAGAGGAACAUCAUUUUCUCUACAGGCAAUUUCACAGGGAUCCCGGAUCCCAUCCCGGAGCCGGGAUUAGUGAAGAUAACGCGCUUGACAGACGGGAUUAUGGUAUUAGAGAUUUUCAUCAAAUUAUGCACAAACCAAAAAUCACAAGAUCGAUGGAUCACAAGAAAAACAAGAGAAAAAACGAUGAGGGAUCUUUUCAAUCUGUUAGUUUUGUACUGAGAUAUAAAAGAGAUAUCGGAUCAGGAAACAUUUUGAUAACCCAACAUUUUAACGAAAAGAUAAUCUCCCCUGGUGAAGAUGUAAGCCUACAGUGUACUGCAACUUCAGAUAGGCCACCUCGAUUCAUUUGGGAGAGAGACGGUGUCGUGAUAUCUUCGAAUACGGAUUCCAGACAUAUUCUUGGUCAAAUGAUGUCUUCAACUGGUGUAGGUGUUAUAUCUCACUUAAACAUAUCACGGACAAGAGUAGAAGACGGGGGUUUAUAUUCGUGUGUAGCGUUCGAAGGCGAUUCCAGCACGAGACAUACAGCCAGAAUAGAUGUAUAUGGUCCACCUUACAUCAGAACACUUCCACCAAUCAAAGUUCAAAGCGGCGAUUCUCUGAAACUAAAAUGUCCAUAUUACGGUUUUCCCAUCAGCAAACUGGAAUGGGAACAUAAGGGCAAGAAAAUUAUGAGUUCAAUGUUACCACAGCACACGAGAUAUAAACGGACGAAUGUAAACAAUAAAAAUCGUAAAAACACAAGAAAAAGACGGAGGAAACGACAAUUAUUGCAAAGCACUGAAGAUGGUGUGCUUACUAUAGAGAGAGUUGUCAAAGAGGAGAAUGGUGAAAUGUAUACUUGUAUAGUAUACAGUCCAUCAGGAGAAAUGGCUAGAAGGUCAUUUGAAAUUCAAGUAGUUGAAGCACCUGAAUUAGACGAACUACGAGUCGGUUCAGGAUUGAAGGAAGGACAGAUUGUACAAAUAACGUGCAACAUAAUCAGUGGAGAUCCACCGAUUUUUUUCUCUUGGCUGAAGGAUGGGACGAAGAUACCUGCUAGUUUGAAAAUAACCGAAAGGAGUUCAGAACUGUUCAGUGUUUUGAUCAUAAAGCGAGUGUCUCUCGAACACUGUGGUAGAUAUACUUGCAUAGCCACCAACCACGUUGGAAAAGUUAAUCAAACUACAGAUUUGUAUAUAAAUGUCGCACCAAAAUGGGUAGAGGAACCAAUGAAUACAUCACUCCUCUUGGGGCAGCGAGGUAUCGUAGACUGUAAUGCUAAUGGCUACCCCACACCACAGAUACACUGGAUGAAGAGAGAUGCUGCUCUUGGUAUCUGGCGUCCAAUCCUCGACUUAGCUGGCGGUGGUGUUUCAAGCUAUCCCAAUGGCUCGUUAUCCUUGGAAGUGGUAUCUUUAGGUGAUGAAGGUGAAUACGCCUGUCACGUAGACAACGGUGUUGGAGAUCCCUUGCAUAAGAAUCUGUGGAUAAGCGUUAAUAAGCCGGUGCACUUUGAGUCCGUGGGAUUAAACCUAACUACCAAAAUGGGGCUGCCGAUGACUUUAACCUGCCAACCGUUGGGAGACAGUCCAAUACGGAUCAAGUGGAGUUUGGACGGGAAUCCCGUCGAGUUUACGUCUUCGAGGAUAAAAAUAUCAGAAAGUUCAACAACAAAUGGUAUGCAGAGUGUCAUAAACAUUAAUUACGUCGAAGGUAGAGAUGGGGGGACGUACGAGUGUAGAGCGAGUAAUCCCUAUGGUGUUGCUACAUUUAAUAUUUACUUGAAUAUACUUGAACCUCCGACCCCUCCAAUGGAUCUCCAAGUGGAUUCCAUCACAAGUUCAUCAGUAAAAUUGUCGUGGCGUGACACGAUCAUGAUUCACGUUCAAUACUACAGCCUUCAGUAUUCGUCAAACCACUAUACUUUAUGGGAUACGGCUAAGACGAUAAAUAUUACCAGACAAGACAAUGAUAUCCGGCAAAGCAUCGAGCUGCGAGAUCUCCAGCCGGCGGUCGACUACAGAGUGCGGGUCGCGUCGGGAAACCAAGUGGACUUGAGCCCUUACACUCAACCAGUUCACUUCACCACAUUGCAAGAAGCACCAUCUUCGAGCCCUCUUGGAGUACAAGUACAACAGACAGACAACCCUGGUGAACUAUUCGUAUCAUGGAUACCACCAGCUCGGGAGACUCACAAUGGUGCACUACAAGGAUAUCACGUAAAAGCUAUACCAAGAAUUAAUGGAGAAUCGGGUACAAACGACUCUCAAACGAAAAUUGUGAAAGUAGUUUCUAGGAAAGGAAAGCAGGAGACUGUCUUGAGUGGACUUUUAAAAAACGCCAGGUACGCGGUUUCCGUAAGUGCUUUCAACUCGGCUGGAAACGGACCAUUUUCUUUACCAGUUUAUCAGACUACCAGGGAAGGAGCGCCCGAGCGCGCGCCGGCGGGCGUGGAGUGCGCGGGCGCGGCGCCGGCGGCCGUGCGCGCCGCCUGGCGCCCGCUGGCGCGCGCCGCGCUCGGGUACGCGCUGCUCUACUGCGCCGACGAUGGUCCUUGGUUGAAUAUCACAACACCACAUACGGAGUUAUAUCUACAGGGUCUCAUGAAAUACACAAACUAUACGAUAAAGGUCGCCGGAUUUUCCAACUACGGUCUCGGUCCGUUCUCCUAUCCAGUUGUUUGCACAACUCUACAAGAUGUUCCCGGACCUCCAUCAGCUAUAAAAGCCCUUGUAUCAUCUUCCACUUCUGUUCUUGUGAGUUGGAAGAAACCUGAUCAGCCCAAUGGAGAAAUCACUCAUUAUACGGUCUACGUCAAACCCGUUACGAGCACCAACGCUCCACAGAGCUACAGAGUAGAGUCAACGCAGGAGGCCAACCUGUCCCGUCAGUUGACCUUCCCACUGUCAGGACUCACGACUGGCAUGCAAUACGAAGUAUUCGUCAGAGCGCACACUUCAGCUGGAGAAGGAGCCCCUAGUGGAAGAGUUCAUGUAGAAGUCAGUGCCAGAGUGGUGGCGGGCGUGUCGUCGCUGGGCGGCGCGGUGUCGGCGGGCGAGGGCCGCUCGCUGCUGCUCGUGUGUCAGUGCGUGGGCGUGCCGCCGCCGCGCACCGUGUGGUACCACAAGCACAACAUCAUCACGCACCAUCCGCGCUUCACCAGGAACCACGACGACAGCCUGCUCAUUAACAAUAUAGACCAAUCCCUCAGCGGCAACUAUACAUGUCUAGCGAAGAAUCUCUACGGCUCCGACUCCGUGGAGUAUACGGUCAUAGUGCUACCUUUACCAGAAGCGCCGGUACUGCGCGCCACGCCUUAUAAGGACUCGAUCUUAGUUGAGUGGGAACAACCCUACUACUCCGGCAAUAGAAGUUCUGGUCAGAAAAUAACUUACAGUCUAACGUGGAAGGAAGCGAGCGGUCCGUGGCAAGAGGCCUGGUCGCCGAACAAAUUGUCCAACAAGUUGUCAAACUUGUCGGGAGUUCAGAAACACGCGCUCACUGCUCUCAAAUGUGGGACGAAAUAUUCGUUGAGAAUAACUGCUACUAACCGAGUCGGGACUUCACAACCUGCCUACAUCGAUGUUAGCACUUUGGGGGGACCACCAAUACCACCUGCGACGAACGAAUGGCUCUGGAGCAACUGUUCGCACUUAUUCGUUCAGGGCGCAGGGUGGGAUGACGCGGGCUGCGACCUGCGUACCUUUGACGUGGAGUACCGCCCGUUGGGGUCACGCGCCUGGAUGAGAGCUCACGACGCACUGGCUUACACAGACACGUCAUGGAAUAUACCGCUGUACCAGUCAAGUUACCGCGCAAGCUCUUUCGCCAUAUCUGACCUGUCACCAGGCACAUGGUACCAGGUUCGAAUUACAGUGUCCAACGAGGCUGGCACCAUCACUACUACUUAUAAUUAUGCAACAAAAAAUGAAGACGGGAGCGAAGUUGGUCCACCGUCUGACCUGUUCGACUUGAAUAUGUUGGUGAUCGUGUUCAGUUCCAUCCUCCUCGCGAUGUGCCUUAUCUGCUGCGUCUAUAUUUUGGUGAAGAGACAAAGGCAUGUGAAUUUCACGGAGUAUCGGGAUUCGAUUACCAUCGACAACAAAUCGGAAAGCGGCAACAUGACUGUGAACACUUCUCACAGCAACCUCGCGAACGUCAAGGAGAAUGCGAUCAACGCACAGAACCGGAUCUACAGCGCGCCCCUACACGUGCGAAACAACAGCAAACAUGAAUUAUACGAAAUAAGUCCAUAUGCACAAUUCGCUGUCGGAUUCCGCACGUUCGGUCACGUGGAAAACCAAGAUAUGCCGAGUCGACACAUGAAACACAGAUAUGACACAGAAACAAGUUUUCAAGUCUGUUCAGAAUCCGAAGACAGUGACAGCAUAUCAAAAUCAACUUUAAAAAGUGUACCAAGAAAAGCCUGUAGGACGCCGCAUCAUAGGUAACUAGACAAAUAAAUUAUUAUCAAAAUGUAGGAAUUUAAUUCCAAUGACCAUUUCAUAUUGUAAAUUCGUGAUGUAAAUUGAUCAUGCUUCGUUGUAAUUUUAUAUAAGUUGAUAUUAAAAAUACCUUUUAAAACUAAGUUUAAUUUAAUUCAUGUACUAAGAAUUAUAUUUAAUAUUAUAUUUUAUUGUAGGACCAAAGUUUUUUGCAAAAUUUUAGCUCAAUCGAUUGGAACCAAAGUUUCAUUAAAUAAAAGCUUGUUAAAAGUAUUGUUAUAGACAACACAAAUGUAUGGUCUCAUAAUGAUCUCUUACUUUUUUUUGUAUAACCUUGACCAAUGAACAUUUGUUUAAAGUUCAAUUUGUUAAUUGUUGAUUUUUAAAUAUUUAAUCCUGUUGAAAACUUAUUUCUAUACUUAAUAUGUUGGAUAAUUUUAAUUUAGAAAUCAAGAUUACGCUUAAGUAGUAAUCACAUAGUAUUUUGUUUUAGUACUUUAUUAUAUACUAUUAGUUAAAUCGAAAAUUGGAAAUCAAAAUUAUAUUACGAGAUGACAUCUCAAUUUUAAAAUUAUAUGUGCGUCGUGAAUGCGAUGCUUCUAUAUGUAAUUAUAAAAAAAAAAAACGACAAGCUUACUUUUUUUAUUUUCAAUUUUAGAUUGACAAAAGGUAAUAGUUCUCAAGGCCCUAAUAUAAAUUGCUGAACAUUAAUCAUUAUGUAAAUAAUUACCUGUAUAUAAAAACAUACUACUUAAUAACUCAAUAUACAACAAAUAUUACGAUAAAUAAAAUCACAACUAACUUCGCUUUUACAUUCUGAAACAAAACUUUCUGUUUAAUUGUCUAAAUGUCAUUUUGACAUUUGACGUUUUAAAAACUUGGUUUAGUAAUGUAACAAAAAGGCCUCUCAAAGAACUCUUUUAAGCCCACUUUAUUUAUGUUUUGUAAUCUGUACUUAACAAAAUAGAAGAUAAGUGUUUUAUAAAAUAGUCGCUUUUAUGAGGAUUUAAAAAUGAAGUCUUUGUAAUAUUAAGAAAUACAUCAUUAAUUCUAAGUCAGUUAUAAAUUAUCGGAUUUUGCAGAUAUUUUAAUCUGCGAGAAGACUGAUUAUUCAACCUAAUGGUUAUUUUUGUUUACGGUUCUUAUUUAGUAAAAAUAAAUGUUAGAUAAAUAUAAA